AUGUCGAUUGAAAAAAGAGAAAACGACACAAACAGAAUUAAUUUAAGUGAAUUGAGAGAUAAAGAUUUACUCACACGAGUGAUCAAAGUGAAUGAUAUAGAAAAUGAGUUUUAUAAAGAAGACGAAAUGCGAGGUGUUCGAUUAAUAAAUGCACAACAAAGUGAAGAAAAGGUAUUGUUACAAGAAGUUCUAACACCAUCUCAACAAGAAAUCUAUAAUAACAAAACUAAUAACAAAAAAAGUGACAAUGACAACUUUGAUGCGAUGAGCACUGAUAGAUUGAAACCCACAGAACGAAGUCCACCAACUCGGUCUAGUUCCUUAAAAAGAGCACUGAAAGAAACAAGUCCAUCAACUUCAAUGGAGAUUGAGAAGAAGCCAAGAGAACCGAAAGACUCUAAACUUUCUCAUGGGCAAGAAAUCUUCCAACGAAUGGCAAAACGAGUCAAUUUACAAGUCAAACAAAGAAAGAAAAGAAAAACCAUAACUCAACCAUUAACAGAAACUAUAUCAGAACACCUCCCAGUGGCCACUGAACCUCAACACGACACGAUAAGUCCAUUGGCACCAAUAGUAUCACCACAACAAAGUGACUUAAGACUCUUUAUAGAGAAACAUAUUGACUUUUUGAAGAAGAGUUUCCAAUGCGUCUCUUUGGAUUUGAUUGGCUAUUUUUCUCGUUUAGAAAAGUUGGAGACACUGAAUACUCUUGUUACAACACAUCAUCCAAUUUUUAUUGCAAUUCGUGUCGAACAAACAAUGUUUGGGGUGUAUGUGAAUAAUGAAAUAGAUGAUCAAAGAGAGAGAAGGGGGUGGUUGAACGAACACACCCACGCUAUAGUCUCUUUGAAAAAUCAAUACAAUAUAAAUCCUUUUCUUUUCGCCUUUAAAAAUCCUAAAACUCACUUUCGGAGUUGUGAUGAUUCAUUCCUCGAAAUCGAAAAUUACUUCUCUCUUCGUUACGACAACAGAAUCUUUCUCUAUGAAAAUGAAAUCAAUGAUAACUUAGUUCUACCACCAACUAUUCUAACUCCUCAUUACGCUCCUGCUUCAUUCUUUAGUGAUGCAAAAUACAGUUUAAUGACAGCAAAGAGGCACAUCGAUGAAGUCGCAAUCUAUAAAGUUGUGAAGACACUCGGUGGAGUUUAA